AUGCUCGACAACGAAUUUUUGUCUGCUCCCUUGAAUUUUGUUGUAGAGAUAGGGAAAGUGUCGACAGGCACCGCAACGGACAACGCCGCCACGGAGAUCGCAAUGAAGGCGACGGAAAGCCAAGUGACUUUGGCGUGCCAAAGCCUAGGCGGCAGUUCUACUCUGGAAGCCAAUGGAAAUGCCAACAGUCUGUUAUGCGAAGCAUCUGUUAACCGAGGUGCCACAGCAUUCUUGGAAACAAUUGUUGGAUGA